AAAUGGUCCGAUCGAGCUCAAAUUUUUACCACAAAUACUUCAGACCCUAUCUCAGGAUGAAAUUUUUUUCCCGAAAAAUAUACUUUCCUUCUUGAGAUAUACGAAAAAUGCUGAAAAUCACACAAAAAAACUGAAAAAAAGUUAGCAUUUGGGAACAAAGUGAAAAAAGAAGGAGCUAGGGUAUACAUAAAAACUGUCGAAUAAAGAUUUUCUAUAUGUGUAUUGUUUAUGUGGAAAACAUGGCAGUAUCGUCUGUGGGUGCUGAACGAGAUGAGUUUAUUACAGUAUAAAAAACAAGAUAGAUGAACAUCAACUUUUCUACAUCUCGAUUAUGAAGAAAACAGUAACUGGUGACCAGUUUCAGGUACUAGGAACGAUAACUGGAACUGUUCCACACCUACGGUAUUUAAGUUAUGUUCAUUACACAAAUCAAUGAACAUACGUAUAUUGUUUCUCUUGGGUAUUACUAAAAGACACGAACACCCACAAAUGCCCCCAAAUUAAAAUCUGACUUAGCCAAUCGAUAGAGCUCGUCGAGCUGAGUCUAACCAACACCCGAAAAGGUUUUUAUAGUUUCGCUUUUUAAGCAUACAUUUUCAAUGAACAUCCAGAGAACACCGAAAAGAAAGGGUAAGAACACCCAAAAAAGUGUGCCAACGUCAUCGCCAGGUUUGGCACACUUUUUUGGAUGUUCUCUGGAUGUUCGUGGGUUUUCGUGUCUUUUAAUAAUACCCGUUUCUCUGCUGCUUGCUAGAUUUAAAUUUGUGAUAUCAAUGAAUUUUGCUCUUUUACCAGUAUUUUGAUCGUUGUUACAUGUAUUAUUUUGGCAAUUAUGAUUUUAGAAUGGUUUUAUAAGCGAAGGUUGAGGAAAGGUUUUUAAAAAUCAUAAAGGUAAGUACCUUAUUUGAUUCAGAUGGCGUGUGAAUGUUAUACGCUUCAUUAAAAUUUAUAAAAUUAAUAGACAUCAGUAAUUCUAUUGAUCAACAAUCAUAAUUACAAAAAAAUAGUUUUUGAAAAAAUUUAAAUUAGUUUUCUAACCCAACCCGGAUAUUAACAGAAAAAUUGACUAUAUAGUUCUUAUCUCUUUUCUUAUCUCCAUCACUCAUUUCAUUGUAAACGUUCCUCAGUGUUCAUCACCUUCAAAAAAAAUAUCUUUGCAAGAUGUACCAAAAACUUGUAAUACAGCUCAUUACUCUUCAGGUAAAUAUUGAGACAGAUGUUUUUGAAAAGCGUUGUAAAAAUUCUUGUUGAAUAUUUUCUGGCUAUCCUCAUAAGAAGUUCCUAUCUGCUUGACUGAGUGCGACAAUUCUAACGAAAUAUAAGCCUCGGAAGUCCUUUCGUCUGCUUGGGUUCGAACAUCUCGGUUCGACGGCUCGCUACCUAUCUGAAGUCCAAGGGCUCGAAAUCGAUAACGGUCCGAAGUCUCAUUUUUCGGGGGGUCGAGUCCUCAGUGAGGACCCAUUUUCGAGUACGCGAAAUAUCCCUCGAACAAGUGAUUGGGCUAAUAUUCAUAGUGAACGUUUGAAAAUAAUUUUCCCUCAUUACUUUUACAGUUUUUAUUUUUGUGGUCUGUAUAUUCGAUGGGGUUAGAAGAUUACAAUAACCAUAAUAAUGAUGUCAACACGGUCCAGACACACCCAUAUUAUGCAGCCAGACUACUCAAUUCAUUCAGAUAUCCAUUAUUAGCAGCACAAACGAGAAUAUUAAAUGAAAAUAUUGCCAGUAACAAACACAAUUAUGACGAUGAUCAAAAUAUACUGAAAAAACAACGUCGUGGCUCUCCAAGAUCAAAAGCAAAUUUGGCUGCUCAAUAUUUUCUUGUUUGUGUGGUUAUUCUUCGUUCAAUAGAAUCUUCCCCAAUUAUUAAUAGUAAUAAUAAAAUAUCAUUAGAAAAACAAUUUUCGUCAUCAGUUAGUGAUUUGUCAUGGCCAAAAUGUUUUCUAAAAUCGUCAUUCAAAAACAUUUUCCGUUCUCGUCGUGCAUCCAUUUCAAGAGCAUUCUGGAAUACACAAGGUCAUUUUGAUGACAAACGUUUUUCACCAUUUUCACCACGAUUGGGAAAACGAACAAAUCGACAAGAAGAAAAAGAUGAUAUGGUUGCUGCUGCUAUUCAACAACUCCAUUUAUCAACAAAUACAAAUGAAAAUGACUUUUCAGAAGAUUUUUAUAUAAUACUUGCUAAUUGGUUAAAUACAUAUCCAAAUGAUGUAAUUUAUCAGGAUGAUAAACAUUUAUGUAUUGGUCAACGAACGAUUGAAAAUAUCAUAGAACAAAUUGUUAAUCAAAUAUUUUAUUAUGAUGCCAACAAUGGUAGAAAUAUACGUCAAGGUAAUAACAAACGUUUUUUACAUCCAUAUGAAAAUGCGUUAAUAUAUCGAUCACGUACUGGAUAA